UGCGCAUGUUUGUUACGACGUUACCGACCGGAGUUAAACAGUUGAAUCGCCGUAUAUCAAUUUUCUAUAGAGCGUAACAAAUGGAUGUCAAGGCACUAGAAAAGCAAAAUGAAGAUAUACGGCAAAGGAUGCUCGAUGUGCAACAAUUACGCAUAGCAGAAUGUCCACCGGACUCACCGUGGAUCAGACCUGUUCGAAUAUAUUACCAACAAGAUGGCGAACACAAAGACUGGGACGUCGUAAGGUCACAUGAUGGUGUGAGUAUUAUUAUUUUCAACACCAGCCGAAAGAAGCUUGUGUUCGUUCGACAAUAUCGCCCAGCGUUCUUUUAUACAUUUCUCCCGGAAAAACAUGGCUCGGUGGACCUUAAACAAUAUCCACCGUCACUGGGUUUAACCUUAGAACUUUGUGCCGGUAUCGUGGACAAGGACAAACCUCUUGUCGAAAUAGCAAAAGAUGAAGUAAGGGAGGAAUGUGGAUAUGAAGCCCCAACGGAAGCCUUUAAAUAUAUCAUUACUUUCAGGUAUGUUUCCACUUCGGUUUGCAAACAUACACUCUUCUAUGUAGAAGUUACAGAUGAGAUGCAUACACAUCCAGGAGGGGGUGCUGCAUCUGAAGGAGAAUUGAUCGAAGUGGUGGAACUAAGCAUCCCAGAAGUAAAAGAAUACAUCAAUUCUGAGGAAGUUCAAAGUCCACCAUGUUUACUGUAUGGUAUAACCUGGUUUCUAGCUAAUAAACCUCAACACUGUUCUUAACUUAAAGUUUAAUAUCUUUCAAAGCUGUUCAAAAUAAGUAUUAUUAAUUACACUCCAAAUAAAAGGAUUAUCCUUUAACUGAGUUUAUUUACAAAUAACGUGUAUGUACAUAAGACAAUGUAAAAGGG